AUGGCCCAAUCCUCCUCGUUUUUUGAAGAUUUCACGGAAGAAAGGGUUGAUAGGUUCAAGCGGCUUCUCGAGAGCGCGACAGGUUCCGGAAACCCUCGCGACUACGCUUUCCGGCCGCCCAAUGUACCGGAGGAACUAAUCAAUCUACGACCUCCCGCGGAGCCCGUAGAUGGGAAAUGGAGAGUUUUUGGGGACCAAUACUCACUUGAUGACAAACUACCAGGUCUCGAAGAACAAGGCAUACAGAAGCUUGGAGCUGAGGGAUCGUCUCAGGACGAGCAAGGAAAGGAAGGCAAACACCAGGAUCGAGCGUUUGAGCUAAAACGGCUCGCAAAGUCUCUCCUGUUGAAUUUCCUCGAGCUGCUCGGCAUCCUGAGCAUUGAUCCGAAACAGGCCGAGGAGAAGGUGGACGACCUACGAACGCUCUUCAUCAACUUCCACCACAUAUUGAAUGAGUACCGCCCCCACCAGGCCCGCGAGUCUACCAUUGCCUUGAUGCAGGAGCACCUCGAUCGCACUAGAGCGGAGACGGCGGCGAUAAGGAAGCCAUUAACAGAGCAAGACGAGUUAAAGACCGGUGGUCAAACAAGAGAAGCCGAGAUUUGGGGCGUGGCGGAUGAGCUGAUCACGGAGUAA